GCUCAGCAUCCAGUCUUCCCUUUCCAGAUACCUCUGGCUGAAUCUCUCCUCUCUUCAGCUUUCCAGCUAAUCAAACAGCAAAUCAUAGCAGCUGUGAAGGACAAGUAGAAGUUGUUGGUGGUUGUUGAAUGCUUUUUGGAUCACGGAGACCAUCCAAAGUAAGAUUUUUUUCUUCUGCCUGGAAAAAGGCCUCCCUGUCCUUGCAUGAUGGUUCCAGAGGUCUACAUGGAAACUCCCAUCUGUCUAAUCAAUAACAGACCUGAUGGGAAACUUGUGACGGAAGAGAGAGCCAUGCGCCUACUUCUGGGUAUCCGCCAGCCGGUGGUGGUGGUGGCCAUUGUGGGGCUCUAUCGCACUGGCAAGUCCUACCUCAUGAACAGGCUUGCUGGCAAAGGAAAAGGUUUCCCUUUGGGUGCCACUGUGCAGGGGAAGACCAAGGGCAUCUGGAUGUGGUGCCUCCCUCACCCCCGCAGGCCCGACCACACACUGGUGUUGCUGGACACGGAAGGCCUGGGUGACGUGCAGAAGGGAGACACACAGAAUGAUUCCUGGAUCUUUGCACUGGCCAUUCUGCUCAGCAGCAUCCUGGUCUAUAACAGCAUGGGCACCAUCGACCAAGUGGCCCUGGAGAACCUGCACUAUGUAACGGAGCUGACAAAAAAGAUUCAUAUAAAGUCUUCCAGCUGCUGCCAAGAGCAGGAGAACUCUGCCGAAUUUGUCCGCUUCUUCCCCGCCUUCAUCUGGGCUGUAAGAGACUUCACCCUGAAGCUGGAGAUAGACGGACGGCCUAUUAGUGAGGAUGAGUACUUGGAGAAUGCAUUGAAAUUGGAGCACGGAAACACUGAGCAAAUCCAGAGAUGCAACAUGCCCAGAUUAUACAUCCGCAAAUUCUUUCCUUCCCGGAAAUGUUUCACGUUUGACCGUCCAGCUAACAAGAGGAAACUGCAGCGGCUGGAGGAAUUGGAAGAGGAGGAUUUGGAGCCAGACUUCUUGGAACCUGUGACCACUUUCUGCGAACACAUCUGGAACACCUCCCGACCCAAGACAGUCCCAGGAGGCCGGGUUGUCAGUGGAACAAUGCUCACACACCUGGCAAAGAGCUACGUGGAAGCGAUCAACAGCGGGCAGAUUCCUUGCGUGGAGAAUGCCGUGCAGGCCCUGGCCAAGAUUGAGAACGCAGCCGCCGUGCGUGAGGCCAUUUCCCGCUAUGAAGAACUGAUGGAGAAGCGGAUGAAGCUAUCCAUAGAGGGACUGGAGGAGCUGCUGAGAGCGCAUGCCAUGUCAGAGAGGGAGGCCACUGGAGUGUUCAUGACCCGUGCCUUUGGGGACCACAUUGCCAAAUUUCAAACUGAACUUGCGCAAACGUUGUUCCAGAAGAAGAAGGAGUUCUGCGAGAGGAAUGAGCAAGAGUCUUUGAACCGCUGCCAUACCGUGCUUAUGGAUCUUUCCCAGGAGCUGGAAGACGGGAUCGCCAAGGGGAUCUACUCUGUGCCUGGCGGCUAUCAGCAGUUCUUGGGAAAGCAGCGUGAAAUAGAGGAGAAAUACCGCUUGGUAUCUGGGAGAGGGAUUCAGGCAGAGAAGGCUCUUGAGGGGUUCCUGAAAUCCAAGAAGAGUGUGGCAGAGUCGAUCCUUCAGAUGGAGAAGACCCUGAGCAACAAAGAGAAGGAGAUUGAAGCUGAGCGUGCUCGAGUCCAAGAGGCCCAACUCCAGCAGCUGCUCAUAGAGCAAGAGACGGCCAAGUGGACCCAAAUGGUGGAGGAUCAGAAGCGGAGCUACGAGGAACAGCGCCGGCAGCUGCAGGAGAAGAGAGAGAGGGAGAAAAGGGCGUGGCAACAGGAGACGGAAUGGAUGAUGGAGCAAAAAUUCAUGGAACAAAGGCGACUGCUGGAAGAAGGGUUCCAUCAGACGGCCUCUAAAUUGAAAAGUGAAAUCAAGCAUCUUGAGGAAAACAAUGCCUGGCAUACUUAGUCGCAGGCAUCAAAAAGUCAGCUGCACAGCUAGGGCAAUUGGG